AAGAAACUUCUUCCUCGACAGAGCUGCUGAAGUCGUGAAAAGCAGAGAAGAGACACAAGGGGAAAGGUUCACGAGACUUCUGUCUCCAAUUUGCACACUUUUUCGGUCCUCCCUGUAGACUACACCGAAAAUGGAUCACCAUGAAAUCUCCACAGCUUCACCUAAACGCCUCUCCCAAAUCACACAGAGCAGCGCGAGCUCCCAGGCAGACAAAACCGGCGGGAACGCAUACCUGUACAUAUUAACAGUCAUGUCUUUCUACGGAGUCUUCCUCUGUGGCAUAAUGCUGGGUUACUUUCGCUCCAAAAGAAGGGAGAAGAGGAGGACCAACAUCUUCACGCGCCUUGUGCACGAGGAGGAGCAGAGGGAGUGGGGCGCGCUGCCCAAGAAACACAGCCUCACCUUUCCCGCUGCGGGCACGGGACUACACUCGGUGCAGGUGUCCCUGCCUUUCUGCGGGAACCACAGCAACCACUUAGGAAACCUCUACUACCAGGGGGUGCUGCCCUCUCCGCUCGCGUGCGCGCUGUGCACGGAGCAGAGCAGCAUCAGCUCCUUGUGCUCGUCCGCAGACACGCGCUUCGCCAUAGAGGAAGAAUCGGACAGCGGGACGGCGGAGGAGCCGGAGGAGGGCAUGAAGGGAGGCUCGGAGAACAGCGGGGAUGAUUCAGGCUGAACAGCGGGGAUGAUUCAGGCUGAACACCGGCCAGACAAACUGAAUUUAUCCUGAAAAAGGUUCAAAGUAAUGGAAGAGGAGGGGAGGAGGAGCACCUGGAGGGAGGCUCAGGGGGAGUCCUCCUUACACAGAUGACCAGACUGUCCAAACAUCAACCUCAAACAUCUGUUUGCCAUCAAAAAACUUCUCAGAACACUCUCAGCCAUGGUGUGAUCACCCCUCAAAAGCUCAAGAGCCAACAUGACACUUAUGAUUCACAGUUUGGAGGGGAGAUUGGCACAAAUUUCUUUCUUUUUUUGCAUUUUAAACUGUUUGCAAACACAUUUCUUUAACUUAUCUCGUCAUACUUGCACCAAUAAGAACACAUUUUUGACUCAGUGCAAUCCAGAAAAGCCACUUCCAUGGCCGACAUCUUUAUUUACCUGUAUAAAAGUAGUAUUGCAACAGCUCAGGCCCCGAUCAAUGCAGGCAGGUUAAUAAUGAUGAUAAUGAAUAUGUGAGGAAACAAAAAACGCUGCUAAUCACUGAGAUAAAGCAAGUACGAAUAUCCAAAUCUAUUCCAAACAAACAACUUUCCGAGCCUUAAAGUAUAAUGAAAUGUUACUUCAUUGUUGUGACCUCACCUCAUUUGACAGUGACCCCUCCCUGCCUGAGCCCCCUCCUCUCUCUGCUCUGAGAACUGACCCACGGUGUGUGCUGAUAAAGCCUGAGAGGCCAUUUGUUUGAACUUGACUCGCUCUCUCCGUCACACGGUGUGGAGCACUGAAACGUACCUGGAACCCACUUGAAUGAUUGUCUGAACUCGGAUGUGUUUGUCGUGGCUUCACGAUCGACACUUCUUCAGUGAUGUAGGUUUACUUGAAGAAAGCCAUGCACUGUAAAUACUGUUUGUAUUUUCACUUUGUUAGGUUUAAUUUAAGAGGGAGUCUUUGUAGUUUGUCUGAAAUAAUAAAUGAGUUGAUGAAAGAA